UAAAACUCGGGGAAAAUGACGACCCCCGAGUCCAUUCCCCGAGUUUUAGUUCCCCGACCCCCGACCCCCGAACCCCGAGUUUUAGUGGUGCCCACAAGCUUCCAAAAAAUGAACUCGUUUGUUACAGGUUCUGAUAUUGCAACAGGCAGUGGACAUCAGCAGCCAUCGAAGAGAAAGCUUUCCCCUGUAAAAGAAGUUAAAAAAACUAUAAUGCAUAAACCAGUUAUCAAUGGUAGCCCAGUUGCCAAGAAAAGAUUUGCUCCAACCAUCCCACCAACUCGUGCUAAGAAAACAUCUGAUUCCUCAUCAUUGAAGGAAAAGAAACCAAUUCAACCGUACGAGGGAAUUCCUAGAAGGGAAGGUCAUGGAAGGGGGACUAAUAAUGGAAAGAAUAAUUUGAGACAGCCCCAUCAGAGACAGCCAGUAAACCAUGGCAACAGACCAGUUGCACAAUAUCAAAAACCAGUACUUGUUCAGAUGGAAGGAAGUCUAUUUGGCCAAGGGGUGACAAUGGAAAAGGAAAAGCAUGCAUCCAAACUACAAAAUCAAGCUACCCUAGACCCUGUUCUGAAUGCACUCAGUGCAGUUGACAGAUUUGAGGAUUUAAAAAAUAGUAAUUUAUCAACCCGACUGCUAAAAAGCCAACUACUGAUACCACAAUCUAGCUCAGCUGAUUCCAAAAGUCCAGAAUCACAGCUGGAGAGUAAUCAACUGAUUUUGAAGAGAGACAGUCAAAUUCACAAUGAAGACCAGGUGGUGGUGAAUCAGAAGUUGUCAGAAAAACUGAAAUUCCACCAAGUAGAAGGUGUAAAGUUUAUGUGGAAUGCAUGUUUCAGAACCAGCACAAGUGCUGGAUGUGUGCUUGCACAUUGCAUGGGUUUAGGCAAAAGCUUGCAAGUUGUAACUUUGACCCAUACUGUACUUACUAAUGCUAUAUGUCAGGUAAAUCGUGUAAUGGUGGUGUGUCCACUUAGCACGGUCUUAAACUGGGAAAACGAGUUCAGGAUCUGGCUUCCUGGUGACACAUUCACGACUCUGAAAGUUUGCGAAUUAGCUAGCAGUAAAACGAGUAAAACGAGAGAAACAAAAAUUAAAAAAUGGCUGAAUAUCGGAGGAGUAUUGAUUUUGGGGUAUGAAAUAUUUCGAAUUCUUACCCAAGAGAAAAAGAAGCUUACUGAGCAGGACGAGGUAUUUCGGCAAGCCUUAGUUGAUCCGGGUCCGGAUGUACUUAUUUGUGAUGAAGGACAUUUAUUGAAAAACGAAGAUGCUGAAAUUUACAAAGCCAUGAAUCAGAUUUGCACUCGACGCCGAAUUAUGCUAACUGGCACACCUCUUCAAAAUAGUCUGUUCGAAUUCUAUACAAUGGUUCAGUUUGUUAAGCCUGGACAACUGGGUACGAAAGCAGAAUUCGGAAAACGUUUUGCAAAGCCGUUGGAAAAAGGACAGGCGGUCGACUCCGCCCCGGAAGAUGUUCGUGUCAUGAAACGGCGAGCUCUUAUUCUUCAUAAGAUGCUUGAAAAUAUUGUUCAGCGUUUUGACAGCAACGUCCUCGCACCCUUUUUACCACCCAAAUAUGAAUAUGUUGUAUCCAUAAGGAUGUCGGAGCUCCAAAUCCGCCUUUACCUUUAUUAUUUGGAAAAUCACACUAAAGGAGGGAGUAUCCAACCCUCCGGAAAUCAAGGUGAAAGUGCUGGAUUGUUCAGCGACUUUCAGCAGCUUGCCCGAGUUUGGACUCAUCCAAAGGCUAUGCUUUUGGCAUGUAUGAAAAAAGGCGAGGACGUGUGUAUGCAAGAUCCGGUUGACCAAGCUUUAACGUCGUCCAGCAGUCCUUGGUGGUCAGAUUUAAUCUCAGAAAACGAAAUUAACAACAUAGAACACAGUGGAAAAUUUGUUCUGCUGAUGGAUAUUCUUCGGGAGUGCGAGCUGAUUGGUGAUAAAUUAUUGGUCUUCAGCCAGUCGCUCACAAGCCUAGAUCUGAUAGAAGAGUUUCUUGCAAUUGAAGAUUUCAAAAAUCAAAUCAGAAGCACUAACGAAACCAAUGGGGCAAGUGUUGUUGGCGGCACGUGGAAUAUCAAUACUGAUUACUUUCGACUGGAUGGCUCCACGUCUUCCGAACAGCGUCUUAAAUGGUGCCGAGCGUUCAAUGACCCCCAAAAUCCCCGUUCGCGUCUGUUUAUAAUCUCAACUAGAGCUGGCGGUAUAGGCAUAAAUCUGGUGGGAGCGAACCGCGUCAUAAUUUUUGAUGCGUCAUGGAACCCGUCACAUGAUCUGCAAAGUGUCUUCCGGGUUUACCGGUUAGGACAAAAGAAGCCGUGUUACAUUUAUCGCUUCGUAGCUCAGGGAACCAUGGAAGAAAAAAUCUAUUAUCGCCAGGUAGCCAAACUCUCACUAUCAAGGCGUAUUGUUGACGAGGAGCAAAUCGAUCGUUACUUCGGCUCAAACGAUUUGACUGACCUCUAUACAUUUAAUGCCGAUGGCCAGUUUUCGUUACCGGCUUCAAUACAAGAGCGUGAUGACUCUUCUCUUCUUGACGACAACCUGUUGGCUGGAGUCGCAGUUCGACUGAAAGAGUGGGUUGGUGGGUACCAAGCACACGAUUCUUUGCUUCAGAAUCGUCCUGAAGAAUAUCUCGAAGACAGUGAGCAGCAAGCCAUUUGGAAAAUAUUUCAAGUAGAAAAAGAAAAAGAGACUUCGUUGGCGCAAGCAAGCUCGCAAAUAACUCUGUGAUGAAGUUGGUUUUGUUUAGAACUGUCGAGGAGAGGAAAAUUAUUUCGUGGCAACACUGGUAUUAACCCUGUUUGAACCCCUUCCUUUUACCCCAAUGACUACCGGUUUCUGUGUGAAUCAUUAAAGCAUGUUUCUCCGUAGAGAAAUAUGCAAAUUAUUCUUUCCAUUAUUAGUCCCCCUUCCAUGACCUUCCCUUCUAGGAAUUCCCUCGUACGGUUGAAUUGGUUUCUUUUCCUUCAAUGAUGAGGAAUCAGAUGUUUUCUUAGCACGAGUUGGUGGGAUGGUUGGAGCAAAUCUUUUCUUGGCAACUGGGCUACCAUUGAUAACUGGUUUAUGCAUUAUAGUUUUUUUAACUUCUUUUACAGGGGAAAGCUUUCUCUGGAAUUAAAUUUUUUUUUUACUGUUUGAAAGGGUUACAAAUAUUGUGUAAUAACUAUCACCUUCGAUGGCUGAGACUGAUGUCCACUGCCUGUUGCAAUAUCAGAACCUGUAACAAACGAGUUCAUUUUUUGGAAGCUUGUAGCAUGUGUUAUAAUGUUUUUAACUCUAACGGUUGUAUUUAAUGCCGAAUUUAUAAAGCUUCAAAAAGUCUAAACGAUA